GAAUAAUGACAAUGAGAAUCGUAAUACCCAUUUAACUGAAACGGACAGUAAAUAGUAAAUAAAUAAAUGGAAUAAAAAAACAUGACAACGCAUUGCGGUUUCUAUGGUUACUACCACCCUGUUUGGUGUAGCUGCGCCCAUAGUCUAAUCAAACGCGCAGAGAAGAAGACAGCGUGAAUUAAAAGGAUGGCAACCAAACAUAACGCUUCAUAACUGGAUUAACUUUGAACGUCAAUGCCUUAUUUAUAAGCGUUUAUUGAAAAGUCACUAACUCCAAAGUUUAAUUCAUGUACUUUCUCCGAAAUACUUUAGUUUGUCGUGAUCCAGUUAGGACUUGCAAUGGACUUUAAUGCGCGCGGACCGCAACGGAUGUGUAACGUUACAAUCAACAGAGGAUAAACGACGAAUCAACGACAUUGUUAUGAAGGACCGACUGGCUGAUUUAAAUGCGGCAAGUGAUUGAUAAUAAACCAGUUAGACGAACUAAUUGUUAAAAGGGGCAAUAAUAUAUGGAGAUCAAUGUGUUUUAGUAACAAAAUAUCACAUUUUACAUAAAAUUGCACAUGCAUAUAUUUGGAGUUCAGGCAAAGUGCCAGUGAAGAUGGGGGUGUCAUUGUGUCCAUGGAGAGAGAUGGCUUCAUGCUAGACUUUUUCAAAAAGGUGGAGGAGGUCAGAGGUGUCAUUGAUAAGAUCUCCUCCCUUGUGAAUGAGGUGAAGAAAAAACAUAGUGUGAUCCUUUCAGCUCCCAACCCUGAUGAGAAAACAAAAGAAGAGCUGGAACAACUCACAGUGGAAAUCAAGAAACAUGCCAACUUUGUCCGGACCAGCCUCAAAUCAAUACAACAGAAUCUACCUUCAGAUGAGCAGGAGAAUCAAGCCACAAUGGAUGCACGCAUUCAGAAAACACAGCACACCAACUUGUCACGCAAGUUUGUGGAGGUAAUGACACAAUAUAAUGAAACCCAAGUGUCUUUCAGAGAGAAGAGCAAAAGCAGGAUUCAGAGACAGCUGGAGAUCACUGGAAGAAUUACAACUAAUGAGGAAUUGGAAGAGAUGCUGGAGACUAGAAACCCUUCCAUUUUCACCUCUGAUAUCAUCUCCGACUCUCAGAUAACCCGUCAGGCCCUUAAUGAGAUCGAGUCUAGACAUAAAGACAUCUUGCGGUUGGAGGCCAGCAUUAAAGAGCUUCAUGACAUGUUUGUAGACAUGGCCAUGCUUGUUGAGACCCAGGGUGAGAUGAUUAACAACAUUGAAAAGAAUGUAAACAAUGCAGUAGAAUACGUCGGUCAUGCUAAAGUGGAGACCAAGAAAGCUGUCAGGUACCAGACACAGGCCCGCAGGAAAUACAUCAUUCUUGCUCUUAUUGUUUUUUCCGUUCUUGCUGUGGUCGCACUAAUAAUUGGCUUAUCUGUGGGACUGUCUGUUAAAACCACAACUAACUCCGCCUCCUCCAGCUCUAACGCAGCCAAUCCUGCCUAAGCAUGGUUUCCAAGAAAUUGGUCUAUGUUGCCAUUUGUGGAGCCGUGUGCAUCAUUCUUCUCGUCGUCAUCAUCGUCACUGCAAUUUACGGUGAUUAGUCACCUAAAGCAAAGCUUUCUUUCCUUUGCCAUUACUGUGCCUUUUGAAAAAAGAGAGAAUUAGUUUUUUGUCCUGCUGUAUACUUAACUGCUCUUGAAUUUAUUACCGGUGAAUUGUGUAGAAAAUGGCAAUGAAUUGUGGUCAAAGACUUUCCUCUUUGACUUAUAUGCUUUGCCACUUCACUACAACAACCAGAGGUAAUUAUGUCUUUUAUUUAUUCAAUGCUAGUAAGUAAAUUUUGCACAAUUGAGUAAUAUUUUGUUAUAUUACGAUAUUUAACUCUGGGUACUUUGUGCCUUGGGAGGUCUGACUGACAAUGUGGAGUUAAAUGCAAUCCAACGAAGUGCACCUAAGAUGUUUUAAUAAAAAAAUAAAAAAAAGGGAAUUGUAUUGUAUUCAAGAAUCACAAGUUCAAAAUAUUUUGUUUCAGCUUUUACACAAUGGUUUGACAGUGUUCAAUAUGACAGUUGGCUCCAUACAAUAUGAUGUCAGAUCUGUGAACCAUGUUAUAAAACAUGUUUUAAUCACUUAAUGUUGUUCCUUUUUGUCUCUUACAUGACUGUAUCUGAAAGGAACUAUAUAGUCAAAUGUUCACAAAGUGUAUUGUAAAAUAAAUGAGUUGCUCACUGCUCACAACUGU